GCCGGGUGGGCCCUGCGCGUUGUGUAGAGCUGGGGUCGUUAUUCUGCCACGAAAAAAAAGCCCUUUUGGCCCCCUGAGAGCUCUCAGCGCCUUGCUGGCGCCGCUCGCCGCGUUGCAGGUGGGCGGCGACGCGGCGCGAUGAGGGAGGCAGAGUUGAGGAGGCUGCUGGCUGCCAACCUGCUCUGCGCCGUCUCCAUCGUCCUGACGGCACUUGUGCCGGCUUUGUUUCUGGACGGGUUCUCGGUUUUGGACACGCACCUCACGUGGCUGUGUAUUUGUUCUGUUUGUGUUAGCGUCCUUAACGUAACCUUGUGUUUAAUCCUAAAGCCAAAUCCAUCUUCUAAGAGAAGCUCGCUGUCUAACAAGAUAUCCAGAUUUCUAAAAUGCUGUAUAUACUUUUUCAUGUCUUGCAUACUAUUUCAUGCGAUUAUUGUUCUUUAUGGAGCACCUCUCAUAGAGUCAGUGACUGAGACAUUUUUGUUUGCAGUUCUCCUGUCUACCUUUACUACUUUACAGUGUUUAUGUUUGCUGGGACCAAACAUACAAGCUUGGAUACGAGUAUUUAGUAGAAAUGGAGCGAUGUCUAUCUGGGAAAACAGCCUACAGAUUACUACAAUGUGCAGUAUACUAGGAGGUUGGUUUGGAGCAUUUCCUAUUCCUCUUGAUUGGGAUCGGCCCUGGCAGGUAUGGCCCAUUUCAUGUUCCCUCGGAGCUACCUUUGGCUAUAUGGCUGGUCUGAUUAUUGCACCUCUGUGGAUACACUGGAACCGGAAGCAGCUUACAUACAAAAGCAGAUAACUGGCGCAAAGAGAGACAAGGUAUUUCUUUGUGCAGAUUCCAUACAGACUGUGCAAAAGUUUCUUUUUUGUUGUUGUUGGGGUUUUUUUUUGUUUUUUUUUUUUCCCUCUAGAUAUAUAUGUAUAUGUGUAGUCAAAGCAGACGACUAUCCAAAUUCAUUUAGAGUAUUACAGGCCAAGCACCUCCACUCAGUAGCAUCAUACAGAUGCUGUUUCAACAUGGUGCAGUUUUUGCUUCCUCUAGACUAUGUAACCCUGAGAGACUGUACCUUCCAGUCUGAAUAAAAUAUUUGUAACAGA